AUGUCGAAAUGCGAUGAAUUCAAUAAACUACUGAGUUCGUCUAAUGAUAUCGACAAACAGAAGAUUAUUCAGGCUUCAAAAUUGGCGUUAAAGCUGUGUUUUUCCUCUGACAAGUCCAAACGAGUUGCUUUAAAAAUAACCGCAGAAGGAAUAUAUGAAUUGGAAAUUCAAAAAAUGUCAAGACAACAAAGGCCCAGAGAAACAAGACAACUCUUAGUUAUUCGGAGAUCCGAAAGGGUCCGUAUAAAAGAAACAAGACAACCCUUAGUUAUUCGAAGAUCCGAAAGGGUCCGCAUAAUUAACCAACGUAAUUGCUCAUCUCUUCCCAAAGAACCCAAAAACAAGAGAAGGAGAAUGAAAGAAAGAAAAAAGGAAGUAGAAGCUAGUGAAGCACCUAUAAGAAAAGUUAAGAAAAAUAAACACCCUGAGGAGGCUGACCUUGGAGAAACAAGAAGCAAUCUUAAGAAAAAGAAGGAAGCUGAAGCACCUGCAAGGAAAAGUGCUGAACCCGAAUCAACCAGAGAAACAAGAAGCAUUCUUAAGAAAAAGAAGGAAGCUGAAGCACCCGCAAGUAAAAGUGGUAACAAAAAGAAACAGUCUGUGGAAGCCGAGCCCGAGUCACCCGCAAAGAAAAGUGGUAAAAAAAAGAAACAGUCUGUGGAAGCUGAGCCCGAGUCACCCGCAAAGAAAAGUGGUAAAAAAAAGAAACGGUCUGUGGAAGCUGAACCCGAAUCAACCGGAGAAACAAGAAGCCAUCUUAAGAAAAAGAAAGAAGCUGAAGCACCCGCAAGGAAAAGUGGUAACAAAAAGAAACAGUAUGUGGAAGCUGAUCCCGAAUCACCCGCAAAGAAAAGUGGUAAAAAAAAGAAAAAGUCUGUGGAAGCUGAACCCGAAUCAACUGUAAGAGGAAGUCUUAAGAAAAAGAUGAAGAAACAUCUUGUGGAAUCAGCUCACAUUGCUACUACCGCACGGACAAGUGGUAACAAAAAGAACUGGUCCGUGGAAGCUGAACCCGAAUCACCGGCAAGGAAAAGUGGUAACAACAAGAAACGGUCUGUGGAAGCCGAACCCAAAUCACCCGUAAGAGGAAAUCUUAAGAAAAAGAUGAAGAAACAUCAUUGUGGAAUCAGCUGA